AUGAAACAAUCUCAUAAUGAAUUCGAUGAUCGUUUCAUAACAACUAAUCAAGAUUAUGGUUCUUUUUAUUUUGGUCGAUUACAACAUAAUCAGACAGAUCCAAAUAAAAUUGAAUAUGAAUUGUCUAUAAAUAAUCAAGUUCGAAAUGAACGUCGUCAAUUACCAUCUAUUGCUUAUGAUAUUAUGUUUGAUCCUGAAAUCUCUAUUGAUGAACUGGUAGAAUAUAUGAUAGCAAUUACAGUACCACAUGAAUAUCUAGGUAUGCCUUCUAUAGAUCCUAAUCAACCGUAUCCAGGUACCGAAAACGAAUGUGCAAGAACACCACGUCUACAACAUAUUCUCGAACAUUUUCAAAAAGCUAAAAAAAUGGUUGCCGAUAGUAAACAACAAUUUGAUUCAAAAGCAAUUAGUUCUCAAUCUAUGCUAGGCUUUAAAUAUAUUUAUAAUCCUUUUGUCAACGCUAGACCAUUUCGUCAAUCAUAA